GCGUCUCUUCACAGCUGUGGUGUAACAGUAACAGUAGCAGUGAUGUUAUUGUCGUUUGUUAUCAGUGUUUGACAGCUCGUGGGUGUUGCUGUAUGAACACUGAUAUGAGUUUGAGUGCAGAAACACCUUCAAACAGUCUCUCUGCACAUUUACAAGAGCAACAUAUCCUUUAUUUCAGUAGCUUUGGUGCCUGUAAAUAUGAAAGUGCUUCUUCUGAAAGAGCCGAGAGAGAGUGAACAUGAAGUAGACCCUUAUAUCAAGGAAUUGGCCUCAUCCGGACAUACAGCUGUUUUAAUUCCAGUGCUGUCAUUCAGAAGUGUGUCUCUAAAUGAACUCUCUGAGCAGCUCUUCUGUCCCGAGAGGUUUGGAGGUCUGAUCUUCACCAGUCCUCGAGCUGUGCUUGCUGUAAAGAUGUGUUUAGAGACACACAAUCUGACACACAAAUGGGACUCUGUAAAGGACAAGUGGAAUGAAAAGUCGAUUUAUGUGGUUGGAAAAGCGACGGCAUCUUUAGUUGAAGAUUUGGGCUUGUGUCCGUUGGGUGAAGACACUGGAACCGCAGACACACUCUCUCGUCUCAUCCUGCGAAGAGAACAUCCUGAUAUUCUGCCACUGUUUUUCCCCUGUGGAUCCAUUAAACGUGAAGUUCUGCCCACAGCGCUACGAGACAAUGGUGUUCCUCUGGUAACUCUGACCGUCUAUGAAACAUCUGAACAUCCUGAACUGCACAAGAACAUCACAGAUUAUUUCACUCAGCAGGGCGUUCCGGCAUGUGUGGCGUUCUUCAGUCCGUCAGGAGUGACCUUCUGUUUGGAUUUGGUGAAAAGACUUUCUGGAGGUCAGCUGGAGCAGAUAAAGUUUGCAUCGAUUGGACCGACCACAGCCGACGCUCUACAGUCACACGGACUGACGGUCAGCUGUUGCGCCGAGAAACCCACAGCCAAACACCUCGCCGCUGCCAUCACACAAGCCCUACAGACCCCUGACCUCUGAUGACCUCUGAUGACCACAGUGGGACAGAUCGAACAGAAGACUGGAUUUGAUUGAGACUGAAAAUGUGAUUUUAUGUUUAAUAAAUAAUAAAAAAAAGAGUCCAUGUCAAAAAUGAAAGUUCAGGGCAUUUAUUGGACAUUUACUCUGUUUAAAUGAGUGUUGCAGAAGUUUAUUUAUAAAGCAUCUUGCAGGAAAUAUUAUGCAAAUAAAUACAUUGAAAUUGAAAAGAAUUGU